CAAUUCGUCCGCCGAUUGUCGUAGUAGCCCUUUUAGCGAGAUAACAACAAUAACAAACGUGCUGUUAAACUUGCGUUUGAUCAUGGGGAAGAAGCACAAGAGGAAUAAACCGGAGUGGAGAACAGUCGACGACUAUGAGGACAAGCCUCUUGAAAAGCCUCUGAAACUUGUGCUCAAAGUUGGCGGAAGUGAGGUCACAGAACUCUCUGGUUCUGGCCAUGAUUCCAGUUACUACGAUGACAGAUCAGACCAUGAACGAGAGCGCCACAAAGAGAAAAAGAAAAAGAAGAAGAAAAAAUCUGAGAAGGAUAAAGACAAACAUGUGGAUGAUGAGGAGAGAAGGCGACGAAAGGAAGAAAAGAGGAAGAAGAGAGAGCGUGAGCAGAAUGAAUCAGAGGCCGCAGCAGCUACUGCUGACAGUGCUGGUGUUCCAGUUGAACCUUUCACAAUCCCAAAGUGUGUUACUAUCGGAAUAGAGCCAGAGGAGAAGAAAAGGAAGAAGGAGAAAUUUGACAUUGAGCCUGAGGUGGAGGAGUUUCACCCUGCUGUAAAGAUUGAAGUGGAGCAGCAAGGGGACAGGCCCGUCCGGGCAUGCAGGACGCAGCAAGAGAAUGAGUCCACGCCUCGUCAACAACUACUGGAACAUUUCUUGCGCCAGCUUCAGAGGAAGGAUCCCCAUGGAUUUUUUGCCUUUCCAGUGACAGAUGCCAUCGCCCCUGGCUACUCUGUGAUCAUUAAACAUCCAAUGGACUUCAGCACAAUGAAAGACAAAAUAACAACUAAUGAAUACAAGACUAUUACAGAAUUCAAGGCGGACUUCAAACUGAUGUGCGACAAUGCAAUGGUGUACAACCGACCAGAGACUGUAUACUAUAAGGCCGCCAAGAAACUGCUCCACACAGGCUUCAAGAUGAUGAGCAAAGAGCGGCUGUUAGCUCUGAAGCGCAGCAUGUCUUUCAUGCAGGACAUGGACUUUUCUCAGCAGGCGGCCAUUUUGGGAGAUGAGGACGUUACAGCUGAGAUACCCCCACCAGAGAUCAUCCCAAUCCCAGUCGAGUCAGCCAAAAAGUCCAAGAAACAGCCAGUCAAAGAUAUGAAGGAAGUCAUCAGCUACCUUUAUGAACCGGAGGGAAAUGCCUGCAGUUUGACUGACAGCACAGCGGAGGAGCAUGUUCUGGCUCUUGUGGAGCACGCAGCAGACGAAGCACGGGACCGCAUCAGCCGAUACAUGCCUAACUCUAAGAUGGGCUACUUGCGUAAAGAGGCAGACAGUUCUCUUGUGUAUACUGUUGUAAACCAGCUUGACCCUGAUGCAGAAGAAGAGGAGACCCACACUGUUGACCUGAGCUCCCUGUCAAAUAAGCUACUGCCUGGUUUAACAACCCUGGGCUUCAAAGAUGAUAGGAGACACAAGGUCACCUUCCUGAGCAGUGCUUACAACAUUCAGAGCCUUCAGAAGAACUCUAUAUUUCCUGAUCUGCUGACUGAUGAGAUGGACAUGUUGUAUUCAGCCUAUGGAGAUGAGACGGGGGUACAGUGUGCUCUCAGUGUACAGGAGUUUGUCAAGGACUGUGGGAGCAUCACAAAGCAUAUGGUUGAUGGGCUUCUGGAUAAGAUGACCGCAGGGGAUCACACCAAGGCCGUCAAUCAAAUCCAUCAGAAAAGAAACAUGCCACUGAAGCCUGAUGAAGCUAAGACCAACAUUUGUGACAUGCAGAUGGCAGAUGGCAGUGGUCUGGGAGAGAGCGGCUCAGUGCUGGACUUCAUGUCAAUAAAGAACUACCCAGACAUGUCUCUGGACAUAUCCAUGCUCAACUCAUUAGGCAAACCGGUUAAGAAAGAGCCGGGGCAUGAGGAGGGCCAGCAACACUUUCACGACACAGACAAACUCUUGCAGGAGUUCCAGGAGACACAGGUGGACCGGGUCGGCUCCAGGCCCUCCUCCAACCUGUCCUCUCUCUCCAAUGCCUCAGAGAGGGACCAGCACCACCUAGGAAGCCCAUCACACCUGGGUGUCGGUGACCAGUCUGAGAUGGUUCACGACCCUUACGAGUUCCUGCAAUCUCCCGAGCCGGGCUCCACAGCCAAUAGCUGACCGAACACAGCCAUUUGGUGUCCUGGCGUCAACUGCACUCUGCGUUUGGUCUCGAUUCUGCUUGAACACUUCAAGGGGAUAUCAAGGACCCCUGACCUUGCUGAAGGCUGCUCGUGACUGUAUGGACUAUUUGUAUUUUGAGGGCCAGUUUUCUGAGUUCCAAUACUGUCAAAUGUGUGUAUAUAAUGAAAAUGUUAAAACAAAUCUUGUGGAA